UACAAUUUCUUCAUAAAACUAUGGCUUAUGUUUCUAAGAGUAAUAUGUAUAUUAGAACUUUUGACAUUAUAAAGACCAUUCUUCUUCUAUCGCAAACACAAGUAAUGUUAUUAAAUUGAAACAUGUAAUGAACAUGUAAAGAAACAGCGAGUUACUUUGUCUAAAUUAACUUUGAGAUAACAUUUAAUGAUUAAAUCAACAUAAUCCAUCAAAUAUGAGGAAAGUUUGGUUUGUAGCAAAAUAUUUCUUAUCUUAAACAGAUUACGUGGAUUUGCAUAGAUUACAAUGGAUUAUCAAUGCAGAGUCAUUAUCGUACUCAUUGUCAGCGAAAUGAGCAUAAAAUGCAGCCAAUUCGCUGGAUUGACAUCAAUCGACAAGAUGUCUCCUAAAGCAAUCGUGUUCUUUGCUCUCCUAACGGUGGCUUUCGCUGGUCCGGCAGUACUUCACAAACCUCAUCUAGGUCUUCGAGUACCGUUCUUGCCGCAAGUUGUUGGAGGCAGCGAGGCUCCAAAAAAUAGUUAUCCUUUCAUUGUUUCUCUGCAGCAAUAUGGUAGCCACUUUUGCGCCGGAUCGAUCAUAAACAGUCAGUGGGUCGUAACCGCAGCACACUGCGUUUUAGCAGUUGAUUCUUUCACCGUUAAGGCUGGAAAGCACAACAUUCUAGUCACUGAGGAUACCGAGCAAACAGCUCAAGUUGCGGAGACUUUUGUGCAUGAAAAAUAUCAAGGUGGUGUUGGCCCGUUUGAUAUUGGUUUGGUCAAGCUUCAAACUCCAUUAAAGCUCACAAAAGAAGUACAACCCAUCGAUUUACCAAAACCUGGAACUAAUCCGACCGGAGAUGCAAUUCUUUGCGGAUGGGGCUCUGUCUCGGAAAGUUGGCUUCCAGACAUGCCAGACCAACUUCAACAUGUUAAUUUGCAUUACAUCGAUCUCGAUGCCUGUGACGAAGCUGUCGAGCGUCUGACAGGAUCUUCUCCUGUACAUGAGACUAACGUCUGUACUGGACCAUUGACCGGUGGAAUCUCCGCAUGCAGCGGUGAUUCUGGCGGAUCUCUGUUCUCGAUUGUUGAACAGAAGCCGGUGCUUACUGGAAUAGUAUCUUGGGGCAUUAUUCCAUGUGGUACUCCUGGUGCGCCAUCCGUCUAUACUGGAGUAUCCAACUAUAAUUCAUGGAUUCAGGAUAUAAUGGAGAAAAACGAAAUGUCUUCCAAAGCAAUUGUGUUUCUUAUUCUUCUAAUUGCGGCUUUUGCGGAGAGACCUCAACGUCUCCAAAGAAAGGUAUACAAAAACUUCUUGUUCCGUGUGACCGGGGGUAGCGAGGCGCCUAGAGCAAAUUAUCCGUAUAUAGUUUCCCUUCAACAGAAUGUAAACGAUAUAUUAUAUCAUUUCUGUGCUGGAUCCAUUUUGAAUAAUCAAUGGAUCUUAACCGCAGCACAUUGUCUAGCGGAAAUUUCUUCGGUAGAAAUUGACACUAUUGUCAUCAAAGCUGGAAAACACAACAUUCAAAUUGUCGAAAGCACCGAACAAACAGCCCAAAUUGAACAGAUUUUCAUACAUGAAAAAUAUUUCUCUAAUAAUACCUCAUAUGACAUUGGUUUGAUCAAGCUUAAGGUUCCAUUAAAGUUUACAAAGGAAAUACAAGCCAUCGAGUUGCCUCAACCAGAAACCGAGCCAACUGGAAUUGCAUAUCUUUGCGGAUGGGGGUUAUUUGUAUCAUCACACAAUAUUUUAAGUGAUCCAGAUAAACUUCAGCAUAUUAAAUUGACAUACAUCAAUCGUGAUACCUGCAGCAUAUUUGUUGAAAAUCAAUUAGGAUUUUCACUCAUUGAUGAAAACAAUAUCUGCACCGGACCUUUAACCGGUGGAAUCUCUGCAUGCGACGGUGACUCUGGCGGUCCUCUGGUCUCGUAUUAUGGACAGAAGCCGGUGCUCAUUGGAAUUGCAUCUUGGAUCAUACCACCAUGUGGUACAUCACUAACUGUGUAUACUAAAGUAUCCAAAUUCAAUGCAUGGAUUGAACAAACGAUUGCUAAUCACACAACGUUUGUAUCGAUAUGAACAAAUAUGUUAAUCAACUAUCGUUUAUUUUUAUGUAAAACAAAUAUAUAAAUAUAUAAAUAUAUAAUAAACAACUUUACAUAAUGCAAAUACUGUUUUUAUCCCAAACUUACUUGUGAUGUAUAAAUAUAAAUCGAAACUUAAUUAAAUAAAACAAUAUUAAGGACAAAAGUGUUGUUAUUGGUGUUCUUAUUUUACUUAAUAAAUAACAAUUGUUAGUGCUAAACAUUAGUGACAUUCGCUAAUAUAUACUACAUAAAAAAUAUGUAGCAAAAUGUUGAAAUUUAUAUCUAGUAUAUAAAUAUAUAACUGAUAUAAAAUACAAUAAAAAGAUACAAAAUUAAUAAACUUGUUUCUUAUUCCAUGAA